AACGCGCGCCUAUUAAUGCAGCAGACGAAAUCACUUCGCGAUGGCAUUGGUGUUGUCGAAGGAAGUGUGUCAACCUGUCGUCAAAAAUUUCAGAAUUUUCUACAAAUAGACAUGCCAUUUUAUUAUGCUGGUUUUAAUACCAGUACAUUGUUCUCUAACGAUGGAGAUAUCAGCUUUAUAACAGAUUCAUUUACUAAAGUAUCGUUUCCUGGAAUUACCGAUUUUCAAAUAGGUUGGAGUUACUUCCUCAUUUGGAAAGGGAAUGAGCUAUACAUUUCUAAAACACUUGAGGAAAAUAAUAAAGAUACAGGCGCAGAUACAAAUAUUCAACUAAUACAACUACCAGAAAAGUCACUGGAUAGUUGCAAGCAAGCUGCAACUGGUAGGGACAAUAUAGUAAUUUUAUCUAAUGAUAAUGAAAUAUGGCUGUAUAAGAUCUAUGAGAAUACUUGGAAGAAGAUAAUCAAUUUUAUAGGUGAUAGCGACAAUUCAGAAAAGGAGUAUCCUAUUAAAAUAAUACAAGGAGGAUGCACUGUAGUCCUUACUAAUUUAGGUCGAGCUUUUAAUGUCCCUAUUCUGAUUGAUAUACCAAAGAGGGUUCGAUUCAUAGACAUUGCUGGUGGAUUUGACCACACCAUCUUGUUAGCAGAGAAUGGUGACAUUUAUUCAAUGGGAAUGGGAACGCGUGGCCAAUUAGGACACAAUGAUUUAGAGGACUGCGAUAAUCCAAGAAUCGUUGACGCUUUAGCUGGCAUUAAAGUAACGCAAAUAUCGGCUGCGGGUUGGCAUACUGCCGUAGUAACUGAUCAAGGUGACUUAUAUAUGUGGGGAUGGAACACAAAUGGAGAAUUAGGGCUGACAAAGCAAGAGAGCAAAGUAGUUGCUACACCCACGUUAGUAGAUUUCACAAACGAUCAAGACGAGAAUAUAGAAGUUUCUGUGAAAAAAGUUCAAUGUGGAAAUACUUUCACCAUUUGUAUGACGGAUGAUGGAACGCUUUGGGGAUGUGGAUGCAACAAAUACGGACAAUUAGGGCAAUCCCCGGAAAAACUUUCGAGUUCUUCAAAAUUUAUUAAACUCGACGUUCCCUUACGUCCGGAGAGUAUUAAAGAUUUUAAGUGUUAUGAAUGGGGUACAGUCCUCGUAACAGACUGAUAUUGUAACUUCGUCCAAUGGCUAGUUUUACAAAGGAAAAAUAAAGAGGACGUUUUCCAAAUAUUUGCGUGUUCGGUUAUUUAAUGUUAUGCAUCAGGCGUCUCGAAUAUUUCCGAAGCUUCGUUCGCUUCUAUUAAUGGCAGAAUAAAUAACCGAUUGGUCAACAACAUUACUUCAUCGUCCAAAGAAGGCGGAGGUGUUGGGGAUUUGUCCAUUGUCUCGAUUUUCUUCAAACUUCUUUGCAAUUGCAUAUUAAAAGGGAUCAUCUUAGGAUCUGCCGGUUUCACUGGGCGCGGUGUCCGGAAAGUAAAUGGUAAAUUGUAAGUCUCUAUCUCAAUUGGUUCCACGAAAACCGCGUAAACGAGGGCGUAUCGUAGCUCGUUCGCGUACCUAUUUAACAAAAAUUGUUUUUAUUUUCUCGUAUUACCGUCUAUUCUUUCUAUUGUUUGGUAAUAAAUAGACUGCGGAUAAUUUGUGCAUUUAUGAGAACGUGUUUCCAAGAAUGUGUAGAAUGCACAUAAUGCAUAAAAUUAUAUAAGGUAUUCAAAAUAUAGUUGCUAUAUAGUUUAGCGAGCGAAAUAAACCUCAGUUUACUUCCUAUUUCUUUAAUUAUGUUUAUAAAAAUAUGAAUUUGCACAAAUAUCCGUAGUGUAAUGAUGAAACAGACAACUUACAUAUCGUAAGUAGCUUCAAUCACGAUAUCUAAUACUGAAACUGGAUCGAUAGUACCCGAAAGUUUGAUGUCAGCUUGAGAAGAAGGUUCUCGUAAACUUGUCACGAAUGUACGAUCUAUUAUUAAAGCAUAUAAUAAAAAUUGACAAGAUUGUUUAAACUACCUUCUUAUCGAUUGAUUUCCUGUCGACAGUCUUUCUUCUAUUUCUUCACCUGCUUCGCGUUCGUCCACGAUUUCGUCCCAAUAUGGCAUUUGUUUCUGUUCAGAUAUUUUGUUAGCUGCUGCGAUGAAAAUGUUUUUCAAAUCUCUAAAAAAUCCUUCCCGAGUAUGUUUCCUAUCUUUGUAAGUAGAAUGAUUUGUAAGUAGAAUAGCAUAUAGUAGCAAAUAUCAUACACGUACAUUAUGAACAUGCCUCUUCAUAAGUAUUAGGAUCCUUCUGGAAAUGAAGAGAAAUUACAAAAUCUAGAAUGUUGUUAUUUUGUUCGAAACUUUGAGACACAAAGAAUCUGUAUGUUCGAUAUUAUUAGGUUGUUCGGAAUAAUAGCUCGUUCCAAUAUUUUAGGUACAAACAAUACGAUUAAGCUUCUCGUUUACGUUUUUCUCUCUACAUCACUGAUCGAUUUCGCUGUUUAUAAUUUAUACUGUUAAAUGUUCCAUUACGUUCGCGACCUUUUGGUUUUAUUGGAAUUUUAUAAACGAUCCCACCUAGCAUUUCGAUUCUAUCGCUUUCCACUAAUACAUAAUUCUGAUCGAUUAAUCGUUCUCCUAAUAUCUGAGUGAAUUAUCAUGUUUUGCCGAGAAUUAGGAAAUGUCCCAAUGCUUAUGGACGGGAGUGUAAUUAUUCGAUGAAUUUGUUACCUCGGAGUAAUCUAAUUUCCCCAGCCAACCAACUGACCAAAACACUCAUGUAAUACUCAUCGAGAUUCUCUCUGUAUCGUAUCAUGUAAAGGACCAAUGUAUCCAAGAACCAAAAGGACGCCAUGUUCGUGGCAUAAUCGUCAAUUCCAAGAAGAUCUCCUAAUAAUCUGUAGGAAAAGAAAAGAUGUGGUAUACUUGAACUCGAUAUCGUUCGAUUUAUAGCAUUCUAACUUAAUGAGUUCUUGAGGUUUGUCGUUUUCGAUACUGAUCGAUGUGUCAAACAAGCUCUUGAACGUACGUGGAAGCGUUGGUAGAAACUUUUUGACAAACUCACCGCAAACAUUGAAUUCGUCGAUCGACUCCGUUUCGGUUCGCUGUAAUUAACAAGCAAUUUGAAUUUCGUGAAUUCGUCGUUGAAAUCAAGUUUCCGUUAACCAGUGAACGAAAUGUGACGUAUAGAUAUAAAUAAACGUUCCUAUUAGAAACCUUAAUCGAUCGGGCCCCUCCAUUUUCCUUGAUUAAAUUCGUUCUUAAGUUCGACAUUUCCAUUCUCGUUUACCGGCGAAUCUUCUUAAACGAUGACAGGGAACAUCUUCGAUGACACAGGGCAAUCGAUGCUCGUUGAGACCGAAUCGAAUCUAGAAGGCGAUCGUCGGCAAGAUUUCGGGAUAGAUUGUAAUAAAAGAAUAGUCAGAGUAGAACGGUUCGUUCGUUUUUUAUUCAUUGAUUUUAUUUUUUAAUUUUUUUUUUCCAUAUUUUGUUCAAUAUUUUCAGAAAAUAACACUCCAAAGCGAAAAAACCGUAUAUUCUCACCAAUCCCAAUGUGUGUAUAAUAUAUAUAUAUUAUACUUCUCAUAUAUAAUAUAUAUGUAUAUAUAUAUAAUAUAUAUAUAUAAUGUAUACUUUUAUACUUUAUAUAUAAUAAUAUUAUGUAGAGUAUAGCGCACACUUUAGACUGUUAUCGAUACCUUUUAUAAUUUUAUCGAUAAAUUACAAAUAUUGAAAAACAUGAAACAGACACAGCCGGCGGAGACACGGGGACUUGGGCGUCCUGGGACAUCUUUCAGCGGAUCCGUGAAAAAAGAUUUCUUUUGUUCUUUCGAGCGCGCCCUGUCGCGGCUUCCGUUUCGCUCGAUAGUUCUCGGAUUGGAUAGCCUCGGUUUGAUCGACGACCAACACUCGAGAAAGAGAUCGAAAGAUGGGAAGACCGAGGUGAAGUGGGCGAGAGAAAAAAAAAGAAAGAAGAACGUUUCUUCCCCCGUUCGUUCCUUCUCCCUCUCCGAUUUUCCCGAGAAAGAAAACGGAAAGCUAAAACGGAGAAGCCAGGGAAACGGAAAACGCGACCAAUAACGCGCCCCAUCGGGACACCAUUAAAUACUUAUUAUAUUAUAUUUCGGUCGCUCGAAAAUCCCCGGGUCCCGGCGCGACUGACAUUUUUUUUUUUUUUAUUUAUAUAUUUUCACACCGAAGUCAGAAAGGCAAUACGCAGUAUGAACUUACUUAGUACAUUUGUGUGUGUAUGUGUGUACGCGUAUGUGUGUGGCUUUUACAACUAUUUUCCUUUUUGUUUCUCUCUCUGUUUUCUUCUUCUUCAUUUAUUUUUGUUCACAUUGGUUGUGGUUCUUCUGUUACUCUUGUUGUCGUUUUCCGUAUUUUAUUCAUGUUCGUUCGUAUUUGUUCCUUUCUUUUUUUUUCUUUUUACUUUUGUAUGUUUGCUUCCACGCGUUCCUCCUGCAACUUCCUAACCUAACAAAGCUUCCAUUUUCUUUCCUUGCGUAUCUUUCUUUUUGUCACGAAUUUUCGCGGUUUUCGAUCGCAUCUUAUGUAACUUCAUAUCGAUCGAUUAUAAUUAUCCCUUUCACCUCUUCGUCUCUAGCGUUUCCCUUCUUUUUUUUUUUUUUCGUCCUCCUUGUUACCGUUCAAAAUUGUUUCUCUUUGUUUAACUCUACGCUAGAUAUAGUGCUGCUUCAAUCGUUCGUUCCGUCUUCCCCCGUUCUUCCCGAGUCUCGAUAAUCAUCCGAAGAUACGUGAGAGUAAGAGGGAGAGAGGAGAGAUGAUACAGAGAGAAGAGAAAGGAGCUUAAGAGGGAGGUGCUCUCGGAGGGGUUUUGUGAAGUGAAAAUCGUAUACAGACGCAGCCAAUUAAAUUUUUAUCGAAUGAAAACGAAAAAUGAAAAAUAUACAAGAAAAUAAAGAAACGACCGACCAGACAGAAGUACGAAAGAAGAAACCGGUAGGAAUAAGCGAGGAGCUGUGAUUUCGAGUCUUUCUUUCCUUAUUUUUUCUUCAAUUUAGAUAUUCACUUGAAUAAAUAUGUUCUUUCGUCUUCGCAGAAAAUAAUGGUAUUGUGUACUUACAUAUAUCGAGCUUCGUGUACACGCGUGUAAAUGCAGUUUCGAAAGUGUGCAAUAUUUGAAAGAAAGAGGAAAUCACUGGCAGAAACGUAAAAACGUCUGGUGAAGUGCAAACGAAAAGUAAAACCGUGGAAAUUAAAUAUUUUCAAUCGAUUUUAUUGAAAAUAAUACAACAAAAUAUCUCAUAAUAAUAAUAAUAAUUAAAAAUAAUUAAUAAUAAUUAAUGAUACGUACUGCUCUAUUCGGUAUCUAAAUAAUCAUGUCUUAAAACGUCAUUUAAAUAAUAAUAAUAAUAUUAUCGUCGUCAUUAUAUAAUUAUCGUAAUAAAAUAAAAUAAAAUAAAAUAAAAUAAUAAUAAUAAUAAUAAUAAUGAUAAAAUAAUAAUAAUCAUAAAGACAAUAAAGUUAAUAAUAAUAAUAAUAAUAAUUAUAUCGUAUAAUAAUGCAUCAAUAAACAAACUUAAUAAUCUAAUUAUUGGUUAAUGAUUCGUCAUCGUCCUUGAUCGCUAUCAAUGGAUCUUUUUUUCUUUACCUAGCCAUUAAUAAUGGAUAAUUAAUUAAUUCAUAAUUAAAUUACACGUUGCUUGGAUAUGCACAUACAGAUAUAAAGUCGUUUUUGGUCCCACCUAACUGCAAACAUUAUAUUCGUACAAUUUUUUUUUUUUUUGUUUCGCAUGGAUCGCUUUACAUGUAAUGCGUGUAUGUAAGUAAGUGUCUCUGUGUGUCAUGUAAGGUGUUCGUUACGUGUGCCCAAGUUGCGAAAAACUAUUGUUAACUACCGGUAAAGCUGUCGUUUCUCAAAAAAUUUAUAAUCGCGUAUACACAUGACAAUGUUCCAUUUGCCCAUUUUUUAAAUCGCCUUCUGCCUUUUUAUCCUUCCUUUCGCGGUACUUUAAUAUUUCUCUUUUUUUCUUUUUUCUUAUCCUUAUCACUCUCUAUCACCUUAGUUCUUUCUAUUUUCAUGUUUCGCGGAACUCGUGAUCGUUCCCCUCGGGCGGUCCGAAAUAAGCAAAAGAAAGAAAAACGAAAAACCGAUCGUACCAAUGUCGCGACCAAAUGUGAUCUGCCGUUUCGGAAACUUUCUACUACCCCGACAUCGUAGCUGCGUUUCGUUCCAAACGAAAAUUUUGUAUCUUUCUGUUCUAUCAAUUUUCAAUUUCUUCCUCGUAUUGCCAAUUCGCAUUUAGUUUCGUUUCCCGGCAAUGAAUGGACGCGUCGCUCGAGACAUGUUCCCAUUUUAUCGAACAUGUCUUCCCGCACUUCUACCACUGAUAUAUUUUCCUUUUUUCUUCCUUUUCGAAAAGAAAAACUCUUUACAACUGGCAUUUCGUUAUGCUUCUUUUCUUUUUUCUUUUAAAAUACGCUUAAGUUACCUAGUAACAUUAUUCUCACUAGAUACAUCGCCGCGUAAAGAGGAACGUGUUGGACGACGUCCUCCAGAGAAAUUUCCUGCCUUUUUUCUUUCUUUUUUUUUUCUUGGAACUCAAGGAUGCAUUUGUUUCGACGUCGUCUUCACGGCCCACUUUCCACGACAAUAUUUUACAGCCAAUCGAGAUAAUUUCGACGCGGGACCAUCCUUCGCGGUACCGCCUCUAUUAUACCUAAUUUAAUCUUUCUCAUUAAGGCUAGAUUACGCGAAUUUUAUUUUACAUUUUCUCGCACGAAUACUGGUUUAUAUCAGUCGCACAUUUUUCUAUUAGUCUGGCCAUCCUUUACGACAAUUCGACGAAGUCUUACCGUGAAAACUGUUGCUCGUUUCGCGCUCUUUGCGCGUUCUACGAUUUUCUUUCUCGCUUCCUCUCUUGCUUUUCUUAUCUUAAAACGUUAUUUCGAGGAUUAAUUUGGAAAGAUUACGCGAGAAGACCGCGCCGACUUGACGUAAACUGGACUCACAACACGAACCAGACUGUAUGCGGGGUAAUGCCAGUUGCACGCUUUCUCAGAGACGAAUUUUACAACGUCGAAGGACACGUGCGCUUCCACCAAUCGAAUUCGGUUUAAAUGCUAUGAAAAUAAAUGCUAUAUAUACAGUCGACUGACCAUUCGUUCGCGCUAUGCUUAACGGAACAAGUUAUCGCUAAUGUAGAGAAAGUGCAACUUGGAUCAGAAGGAAUGUUGACGAGUUAAAAAAAGAAAAAGGAAGAACAGAGUAGAAAAUUAUGGAAAAGAAGGUUUCACGCGGAAGCGCACGUUCUUCCAAUUCGCCUCCUCGUCCGCUAUUCGGCGAGACGAUUGACACAACUUCACGGAACGCGAGUGAAUUACAUUUUUGGAAUCGUUGUUUAGUCACGAUCGGCUCGUUUCCGGAAGUCGUGGCAAUCGGUCGAUCGAACUUUCACGUCGCAUCGUUAACACAUUUCAAACAUUAUAACCUCACAACCAUUUUGAUAACAAUCAACCUUCAACAAAAGAGCGUCCUACUUCAAAGAAUCUUUAAAAAAUGCGUCAGCCCGCGAAUCCACUACCAGCGAUACGCGUCACUCGCUUUGUUCUUUCGUAACCAUGUUCUUCGCUCUACAUCUCUCGAACGUUCCCGAUAACCGGAAGUCAAUCCUGCCGGCUGACGUAUCACAUGUUUCAAAGCUGCGAACCACGUACUUGCGAUUUGUUCCGUACUCGCCACUCUCAUUCACUCGCAAUUCGCUCGAACGCGACUCAAAAGAAUGCCCAAAGUAUGUCUUUUUUCUCGCUCAAGCUUCGAUCUCGACCGUUCACUGCGUUUACAGCCGUUUCCGCUAACGCCAAGAACGCGUGUACCAACCAUUUUUACCCGAAUGCUAUAAAAAUCUCGAGUUUUAUCGACGAUCGGUCGCAGUGCACGACUGUUGUCGUUUAAUAAAAUCGAAAUCUCGAUAAUCUAAAUUUAAGAUGGAAUUUCCUAUCAAGCGUUGGACUCGUACGUUUCAAAUUAUAGUUGUAGCGGAUGGCAGUUCUCACGAACUGUCAUUCCGAUGAAUACAUUAGACGAAUCAAAUAAUACCAUAUAUAUACAUUUUUACGAGAAUCGUUACAGCGCAUUUCGUUCUUUGGAUGUUUCGUUAAUGCGAAUAUGACAGUCGAAGAUUGUUUGGAAGUAAUUUUUCAUCAAAGAUGCUUAUACCGUCUUUCUUGGUUAACCAUUUACAGAUGUAUCUUCUUUUUCAAAAGUCACCGCAAUAAUCUAAUGAUAGAAACCAUUAAAUUUGAGGAAAAGAGCAUCUAAAAAAUUACUUUUGGUAAAAUGCACACUUAGUUAUAGCUCUGGUAACAUGGAAUCGAUGAAUUUUCAAAUUCAUGGCAAUCUUCAAUUUAUACGAGAACCUUCCUAAAAGUUACUUUUGCCAUGUAUCCGACCAUUAAUCCCGAAAGGGUGGAAAUAUCCGAUCAUUUAAAAAAACAUUCGAAAAGACGUUCUUUUAUAUCAUCUCCGUUAUUCUUCGUUCAAUUAAAAUACGAAAAACGUUAGAUAGGAUUAAAAAAAGACAGUAGAGGAAAUCCUACCUUAAAUGCGGAAGAUCGAUCGCGGUUGAAAUGAACGGCGAGCGAUCGCCGAUAAAUAUCCAUCCGUAGUCGGUCUACAAUUAUAAGUAACAAUCAUCGAGCAGAUGUUUGGUUGGUGCACGCGGCCUUCCCAAGUCACGUAUUCCCGAUCCAUCGGGCGAACACCGACCUCACGUCCAUGAGAUACGACCUUUACAAGCUACGAGAAUCCGUUUAGCUCGGAAGGAUCGUAGAUCGUCGACGUGGAGAAUCCUUCUUGCCCGUUAAUUCCGUAAACCAAGUGAUCAACAGAAGUAACGUUACUAAUUGCACGAUUUAAAAACUCGAUUUAAAAACACGAUUUAAAACUCCAGCGAUACCUAUUUCUAGUCGCGCUACGAUUACGUACAUCAACUCUAUACAAAUUCGCGUAUCCCGCGUCUCUCGCGCGUCCAAUUUCUAUGAUACACGCGUUACAACUGUUCAACUGCCCCAUUGAAGCGUAUCGAUAUAUCUCGUAUGCGAUACAUUGGUCUAACGUAUUCGUAAUUGUGUCUUUCGACGAAAAAUUGGUCUAUCGAUGUACGAUUGUAAUAUGUGUAUCCGCGUGUGUAUGUGUGUGUGUGUGUGUGUGUCUAUCAUUUUUCGUGUCGUUUAUGAAUAAACCGUAGGCGUAUUUGUUGAAUACAUAUAUAUAUAUAUAUAUAUAUAUCUGCGUGUGUAUGUGUAUGUAUGUGUUUGAUGUAAAAAGGUACAGAUUUUGUAUACAGGUGUUUCGUUUUGAUGAUCGAUCCCGCUUGUAUUCCUCCAACGAGCUCUCCCGCAUCGUUAUUUCGCGAAACGGGUGGAAAAAGGAAAAGCUUUCGAAACGAAAUCAGAAGAAGAUGCAAGCAACCGGCCGGUGUAAAGAGAGUAAAAUAGAGAAUGGCUGCCUGGUUGGAGAAAAGGGCCGGUGAUUCUCGCUCGCACGUGGACGUAGGGCUUACCGUGGACGAACUCAAAGGGCCUCCCCCUCCCCGCGAGUUACGAUCGAACGCGACACGCCGUUUUGCUCGAUUUGCUCGUAGCGGCUUCGCGAUUAUUAAUAAUCGUCAACGAGAUAAUUAGCGACGCGUGCACACGGCGCGUGAGCGCGCGCGUGCCCCCUGCGCCGCCUCAUAAUUAUCUAUAUAUAUAUAGAUAUAUUUAUAUGUAUAUAUAUAUAUAAACGACAGCGCCUACCGCCAUAAGAAUGACCGAUAAUCGAUAUAUAAUCAUCGCGGUGUAAACAAUAAAUGGCGACACGUAUAUCGAGAGGUCUCAUAUUUAUAAUAUAUAUCUAUGUAACGCUUUGGACGCGCCUUUAAACUCCUCCCUUUCGAUACGAAACGAUAAUAUAUAACUGUAAAAUCCAUGUGGAAUAUAAAAAAUAUUCUCUUGACGUUUCCUACCUAACUAUAUGAAACACUGCGCUAAGACUGUAUACUUCGUUACGAAACGUAUAUGCGCGCGCGCGUUUGUGUGUACGCGUGUACCUGUUUGCGUCUGUGUAUGUACUGUAACGUUGUAUACGUUGUCCAUGUGUUUCACGUUCGUAGCUGUGUGUCUCUGAGUGCGUGUGUGUGUCUGUGCGUGCGUGCGUGUGUGUGUGUGUGUGUCCGUGUGUCUGUGUGUCUGUGUGUGUAUGCGUGUGUAACUGUGUUCAUCUACAACGUCUGUUCAUGUAUGGUAUAUUGUAGUGUAACGUAUUCGUAUAUGUGUUCCGUCAGCUUUACGUACGAUCUUUCUGCUCGAGCUUACGCGAAAGUGUUACGUCUAAGAAGCGAGGACAACCUGGGGUCCAGAUCUCGACGUAUACCUGACCGGUAGCGUGUUCGCUACACGGGAAUGCAUCGAUCGCCCGUCUCGAGAUCUAUCGUUCUUCCUUAACGCGACAGAAACAGAGAAAGAAUCUGCAUGAGCUGUCUGCUCGUUUUGAGGAGUCGCGCGUGGGAAUGGACCUUCGGCCGCGUCUCAGCCCGUACAAACGUCUCUUAAUUCUACGAGAUAUGCCGCUCAACGAAAUAGGGCUUGAAACAAGGAGAGGUAGGGCUAGCGGACAAGGGCAGGGACACAAGGGUAGAAUGUAUAUAGAGAGUCGCGGCCAGACUCAUCGCGUCUGGUCUUGAAAAGGUACGAAGAUCAUUAACUCUUAACGCGUGCAAAAGUGUUACACUUGCAUUGUACUUGACGAGCGAUUACAAGAAAGGGACGAGAUGAGAGACAGAAGUGAAAGAGAAAGAGAAAUAGAGAGAGAGAGAGAGAGAGAGAGAGAGAGAGAGAGAAAGAAAGUGGGAGAGAGAGAAAUGAAACUUAACAUCGGCUACGUUUAGCGGAGGUGUCGACGGUCGACCGUGAAUCGAUCGAUCUGCGCGUCGGAAAUACACCGUACAUAUCGAUACACUGGAAACUUAGCGUCUCUAUACACAGGGCUACCUAAGAAAUAAGCUUCCGGCAGGCGAGAUUUAAACGAUACGCCGCGCCGUUCGAAACACGCCUGCGCGAAAGCGUCCACGGUUUUCUAACGUUUUGCUCCGUUUACUUUACAAGACAUUAAGACUGGCUCUGUUGCGAUUAGACGAGUGUUCAACGAGUGUUUUGGGAUCAGGCUAUUAUUUACCUACGAUUUCUUUCUUGUCUUUCAUCUUUGCCCUUGUUUCACCUUUCCACGUUUCGUAUUUUCGCGCGCGGAUUUCCAAAUUCGUAUAGAUACAGCGGGGACACCGGGUGCCAUUCCGAGCUUUUUGCCAUUCGACUAAUUUCGGGAGAUUUUCGCUGAGUUGCGAAAAAUCGCGCUUCCUCGCGAAUUCCUUAGUGGGAGUAUACCGUCGUUGAAAACUCGAUGAAGGAAAAACAGUGUGUUCCGGUAAAGGUUAGUUAAUCGUGUGUCGUAAUCGCAGCAUUCGUGGGUGAUCUGAUGUGUGUACGUGUGUGUCACGGUUUACAGAAAGUGAUGCAUAAUGUCUACGCGGUAUGUACAAGGUUGAUUUUCUAUCCGACGCUCGGCAAACACCGCGUCGGUGUUUGCACGAUUUAUGCCCAAAUUAGAUAUACAGUUGAUUAAACGCGUUAUUCUCGCGCCUUCGCCGUGGCAAAGCAGCGCGAAGAGACGAUCGCGAGCCGUCUGUUUCACGCGCAAAGUCCACGCAUCUUAUUAGAAAAAGAGCGAAAAGCUACGAAGAUCCUCGCGGAAUGUGUGAAGAAGCGAUUCACUCGUUAAACUCCUCGUCACUGGCAAGUCGAUACGGUGUGAAUGCCCUGUUCGCCGAUGGUAAACGCCAAUUUUAUACUUCUUCCCGGUGUAACGAAAGAGAAAAUAAGGGAAAGUAUAUAUCGAGAUCCACGGGGAAAAACGACGCGCGAAUCAAUCAUUUCGCGUUGCAUCGAUGAAACGGGCAUGCGUGAUAUUUAAGGCUCGUUUCCACCGUCUUCGACGGCUGAUAUCCUUCCCUUGCGAAUCAAGCGACCGUUCGAACGUCCAUCGUUCCUCUGGCUGUCGUUUGUGCCCGUUCGAAAAGUCGGGCAACGUAGAAAGUGAACGUUUUUUUUUUUUUUUUUUU